AUGGCAGCAAAUGGUAUUAUCACGCCAGCCCUGAUUGUGGUGGACAUGCAAGAAGAUUUCUGUCCUCCACAUGGGUCACUCGCUGUGGCAGGAGGUCGCGGCAUUGCCCCGAUAAUCAAUACUUUACUCGCAAAGCCAGCAUUUGUCGCACGCAUCAUGACCAAAGACUACCACCCAGAAGAUCAUAUCUCAUUUGCCAGUAAUCAUCCAGGGCCCGAUAAUCAUCCCUUUACUUCAUUCGUCACGAUAAACAACCCCGCUCCAGGAAAGGAAUCAGAAACAAAACUACAGCAACUCUGGCCGGUCCACUGUGUGGCUGGCACCCCCGGCGCGGAGAUUAUCCCAGAGAUUGACACCUCCAGCGACCACCUAGUUGUUCACAAAGGCAUGAGCCCCGGAGUCGAGAUGUACUCUGUAUUUGCGGAUGCUUUCGGAAACUGUGACCAUGGAACAAACGCGCCUUCGGUCAGCCUAGAUGUUGCCGCAACCCUCAAAGCUCAAGACGUUACAGAUGUAUUUGUUGUGGGCUUGGCUGGGGAUUAUUGUGUCAAGGCUACAGCUAUUGAUGCUGUCAAGACUGGAUUCAAAAGUUGGGUUAUUCAGGAAGCAACAAAGUGUGUCGAGCCUACUAGUUGGAAUGACGUUCAGGAUGAACUUAAGAUUGCCGGGGUGUCUAUCAUCUCUAUGAAUGACCCCAUCAUCGAGGAACUUGGAGGGAAGUAG